CCGCCCGCGCACAUCUCCUCUCCGCUCUGCACCAGAAAGGAGCAUCCUCUUCUCUCCACCCUCCCUCUCUUUUGUAUCCUCUCUCCCUCUCUCUCUCUUACCCUCUCUCUCUCUCUCUCUCCCUCUCUCUCUUUUUCUGUCAGUCGGUGUGUCCUCAGAAUGAGGUUAGCAGCAGCAGCAGCAGCAGCAGCAGCAGCAGCAGUAGAUAGAGAUAGCAGAGCCACAGUUACUGCAGCAGUCAGGGGAGGCUGUCCUUCAGCCGUGCACCAUCUACCGCUGCAUUCACCCCUGCCCUGAGAACGCAACACUCAUCCUUGUGCUCUCUUUCUGUGUCUCUCCUCCUCCUCCUCCUCCCUCACCUUCUGUCCUCUUUGAAUUCAUCUCUCAAAUUUGUCCGCCCCCCCUCUCUCUCUCUCCCUCUCUCCCUCUCUCUCCCUGUAGCAGUGAUGGGGAAGACCACCAUGUAGAGACAGAGAGGCAGCGGAUGUAACAGCAGAAUAGCAGCAAUGGGAAACCACACAUGGAGCGGGUCUGGACUGCAGCCGUGGUGAGCCUGAUACCUACAGGACUUGCAACCACCAUCAUCGCCCUUCUCAGGACCUGACCACUGGGGCUGUCCAACGCUCACCUGGAUGCUCCCCGCUUGUGUUCCAUCAUCCCCGCCUCUCCUCGUUCUCUGCUGCUCUUUCUCCUCUUCUUCUGUUUCUUCUCUUUGAUGGUUUUUGGUCUACUGAUAUCUGACAGUCUCUCCUGAAACAGAGAAGCUGCUCAUCGAUUUGUCUCCUCGGAUUUUCCAUUCCUUUUUAAUCUCUAUCUGCAUAUUUAACCUACAAGUGGCAUUCUUUUUUCCCUUUUUUGGUUGUUGCCUGCUUGAUACCUAUUUUGGAUUUUUUUUUUUUUUGAUGAGACUGACCUCAUCUCUCUGUUGUGCAAGCUUUUUAAUUGAUCUUUAAGCAAUAACAACACUUACUGUAUCUAACUGACUUGACUAGCUGACAUCAUGGGGGACAUGUCCAACAGCGAUUUUUAUGCCAAGAACCAAAGAAAUGAGGGCAACCAUGCGGCAGCCUUUGGCUGCUCGCUCAUGGAGCUCCGCGCUUUGAUGGAGCUGCGUGGCACAGAGGCGGUGGUCAAGCUCCAGGAGGACUACGGGGGCGUAGAGGGACUGUGCAAACGACUGAAAACCUCACCCACAGAAGGUCUCUCAGGUGCCCAAGCUGACCUGGACAAGAGAAAAGAACUAUUUGGUCAGAACCUGAUACCUCCAAAGAAGCCAAAAACCUUCCUGCAGCUGGUAUGGGAGGCGCUGCAGGAUGUCACCCUGAUCAUCCUGGAGCUUGCUGCCCUGAUCUCCCUUGGCCUCUCCUUCUACCACCCUCCCGGGGGGAGCAACGGAGAGAGCUGUGGUGCAGCGGCAGGUGGGGUAGAGGACGAAGGUGAGUCAGAUGCCGGUUGGAUUGAGGGCGCAGCUAUCCUGUUGUCUGUGGUGUGUGUGGUGCUGGUGACGGCCUUCAACGACUGGUCGAAGGAGAAACAGUUCCGUGGGCUGCAGAGCCGCAUCGAGCAGGAGCAGAAAUUCCAGGUGGUCCGCGGUAGCCAGGUCAUACAGCUGCCCGUGGCUGACAUAGUGGUGGGGGAUAUUGCGCAGGUCAAAUACGGUGAUCUGCUUCCUGCUGAUGGAGUGUUGAUCCAGGGUAAUGACGUGAAGAUUGAUGAGUCAUCACUGACCGGAGAGUCUGACCACGUCAAGAAGGCUGCAGACAAGGACCCCAUGCUGUUGUCUGGGACCCAUGUGAUGGAGGGGUCAGGGCGCAUGGUGGUUACAGCUGUCGGUGUCAACUCACAGACUGGAAUCAUCUUCACCCUGCUGGGGGCCGGCCCAGAGGAAGAAGAAAAGAAAGAAAAGAAAGGGGCAAAAGAAGAUGGACACCAAAAUACAGACUCCUCCCAUCCCCCUAUCCACCCCAUCGCAACUAUAGCCACGGAUGGGGCUGCAGGCAUUAAUGCCCAUGGCAGUGCCAGCCUAAUUAAUGGUAAAAUGCAAGAUGGCAAUAUGGAGAGCAACCAGAUUAAAGUAAAGAAGCAGGAUGGAGCAGCUGCCAUGGAGAUGCAGCCUCUAAAGAGUGCUGAAGGUGGAGAGGCCGACGAGAAAGAGAAGAAGAAGGUGUCUGCUCCGAAGAAAGAGAAGUCUGUGCUGCAAGGGAAGCUGACCAAACUGGCUGUCCAGAUUGGCAAAGCAGGUUUGCUCAUGUCAGCCAUCACAGUCAUCAUCCUGGUCCUGUUCUUUGCCAUUGACAACUUUGUGAUCCAGAAACGCCCUUGGUUGCCGGAGUGCACUCCCAUCUACAUCCAGUACUUUGUCAAGUUCUUCAUCAUUGGUGUGACUGUGUUGGUGGUGGCUGUGCCGGAGGGGCUGCCGCUGGCUGUCACCAUCUCCCUGGCCUACUCUGUCAAGAAAAUGAUGAAAGACAACAACCUGGUGCGUCACCUGGAUGCUUGUGAAACGAUGGGCAAUGCCACAGCCAUCUGCUCUGACAAGACAGGCACGCUAACCACCAACCGCAUGACAGCUGUGCAGUGUUACGUUGGAGAUGUGCACUACAAAGAAAUCCCAGAUCCUGGAGCUGUGCCACCCAAAACACUGGACCUUCUGGCCAAUGCCAUCUCCAUUAACAGCGCCUAUACCACCAAGAUACUACCCCCAGAUAAGGAAGGCGGUCUGCCGAAGCAGGUGGGCAACAAGACAGAGUGCGGCCUGCUGGGAUUGGUCUUGGACCUGAAGCGGGAUUACCAGCAAAUAAGAAACCAGCUCCCAGAGGAGAAGCUUUACAAAGUAUACACUUUCAACUCUGUCAGGAAGUCCAUGAGCACUGUCACCAAGUUGGCUGAUGGGAGCUUCCGCAUGUACAGCAAGGGAGCCUCUGAGAUCAUCCUCAAAAAAUGCAGCUUUAUCCUGAACGAGGUGGGUGAGCCGAGGGUUUUCCGUCCACGGGACAAGGACGAGAUGGUGAAGAAGGUGAUCGAGCCCAUGGCGUGUGAUGGCCUAAGGACCAUCUGCGUUGGGUACCGUGACUUCUCUGGCAAUCCUGAGCCCAACUGGGACGAUGAGAACAACAUCCUCAGUGAACUCACAGCUAUCUGUGUCGUCGGGAUAGAGGACCCCGUCAGGCCAGAGGUGCCCGAUGCUAUCCGGAAGUGCCAGCGUGCAGGCAUCACAGUGCGAAUGGUAACAGGAGACAACAUAAACACAGCCAGGGCCAUAGCCAUCAAGUGUGGCAUCAUCCACCCCGGAGAGGACUUCCUCUGCAUUGACGGAAAAGAGUUUAACAGGAGGAUCCGCAAUGAGAAAGGAGAGGUGGAGCAGGAGCGUAUUGACAAGGUUUGGCCUAAACUCCGAGUUCUGGCCAGAUCUUCCCCAACUGACAAACACACACUCGUCAAAGGCAUUAUUGACAGUACUUUGGUAGACCAGAGGCAGGUGGUGGCUGUGACAGGAGAUGGGACCAAUGAUGGACCUGCACUAAAGAAAGCUGAUGUUGGCUUUGCCAUGGGUAUUGCUGGUACAGAUGUGGCCAAGGAGGCGUCAGAUAUCAUUCUGACUGAUGAUAACUUCAGCAGCAUCGUUAAGGCAGUAAUGUGGGGCCGGAACGUCUAUGACAGCAUCUCCAAGUUUCUUCAGUUCCAGCUUACUGUCAACGUUGUGGCCGUCAUAGUUGCUUUCACUGGAGCCUGCAUCACACAGGACUCUCCCCUGAAGGCAGUGCAGAUGUUGUGGGUAAACCUGAUCAUGGAUACUUUUGCAUCUCUGGCCCUGGCGACAGAGCCUCCCACAGAGUCUCUAUUAAAGAGGAAGCCAUACGGUCGCAACAAGCCUCUCAUCUCCAGCACCAUGACGAAGAACAUCCUUGGACACGGAGUCUAUCAGCUCGUCAUCAUCUUCACACUGCUCUUUGUUGGUGAGCAGAUCUUUGACAUUGACAGCGGGCGCAAUGCUCCUCUCCACUCUCCUCCAUCCGAGCACUACACCAUCAUCUUCAAUACCUUCGUCAUGAUGCAGCUCUUUAACGAGAUCAAUGCCCGAAAAAUCCACGGAGAAAGGAACGUCUUCGAUGGUAUCUUCAGGAACCCCAUCUUCUGCUCUAUUGUUUUUGGCACCUUUGCUAUGCAGGUUAUAAUUGUGCAGUUUGGAGGGAAGCCAUUCAGCUGUCAGCCUCUGGACGUGACAAAGUGGUUGUGGUGUAUUUUCCUUGGGCUGGGAGAGCUUGUUUGGGGACAGGUGAUAUCCACCAUACCCAACACCAGGUUGCGCUUCCUGCGGAGGGCGGGCCAACUAACUCAGAAAGAUGAGUUACCAGAGGAGGACGUAAAUGAGGACAAUGAGGAGAUUGACCACGCAGAGAGGGAGCUGCGGAGAGGACAGAUCCUCUGGUUCAGAGGACUCAGCCGCAUUCAGACUCAGAUUGAUGUAGUCAACACCUUCAAGAGUGGCACCUCCUUUCAGGGGGCGGGGGCUCUGAGACGCCAAUCAUCCACCACCAGCCAGACCCAGGAUAUCCGUGUUGUGAAUGCAUUCCGUAGCUCCCUCUAUGAAGGCCUGGAAAAACCAGACUCCAGAUCAUCCAUCCACAACUUUAUGACACACCCCGAGUUUAGGAUAGAAGACUCCACGCCCAACAUCCCCCUCAUCGACGACACAGACGAUGAUUCUGCUCGGAGGAGGGGGAAGUACUCCAGCCAGCCCACGUCCCCCAACAAGAAUAACAACGCCAUCGACAGUGGCAUCAAUCUCACCAUCGACACCAGUAAAUCAGCCGCUUCCUCCAGCCCCGCAAGCCCUCUUCACAGCUUGGAGACCAGCCUCUAACCCUGAUCUUAACUUCAGCUCUAACCUCUAAUGUCAUUUCCUUGCAGUCUGUGGGACACCUCCUAUUCCUCCAGACCUUUAACUGCAAUCUUACACCUUGUCAUCACCCCAGAUAUUUCACCCAGCCCAGCCCCAAAUUUACCACCUACACAGGACGGGUCCUGUGGCAAAAAUCUUCAUCUUUCCCUGUUAACCUUGAGCUCUUAAAGCUUGCCCGCUCCUCUCGAAAUGGAGAAAAUCUAAAGUAAUAUGGCAAGGUGAAAAGGAAAACAUACUUAACAUACAAUCAAAAAAGCGCAACAAAGCUACAAAACCUACACAGCCAUCCUGCUUUUAUGGUUGUAUGUGUACGGUGGCAGCGGCGGUGGUGUGUAUGACUAUAUGCGUGUUAGCAUGUACUGUAUUAGCGUGUCGCAGACUGCACAUAUGUAUGAACUGUGUCUUUAGUGGCACCGGGAGGAGGACGAUGAGGAGGGAGACACUGCUGAGGAGUAAAAAUCACGAAACAGGACAGGACUCUAAACUCCCCUUAACACUCCCUCUCAUCAAUAAUAACAUUGUCAAUACUGAAAGUAGUUUAAAUUAAAUUGAAAAACAUUGUUAUUAUUCUGAUUCUCAUUCUGAUUAUUAUUGUUAUUAUUAUUGUUGCUCCUGCAUGAAUGUACAUUACCCAAGUUUUAUUUAAAAGGGUUUUAAUUUUAUUGGAGUUCUUUCAUUCUGAUGGGCUAGGCCUUUGCGGCGGACUACUAUUUUAAAGACAGCUUCUAUGAGUUCCUGGCCUGCAAAGUUCCCUCUUCUGUGUGGCAUGAACAUGUAUCCGACUGUAAAAAUUUAUUUCAUCCAUAAACAGAAAUGUGUAACGAGGUGGCAGGGCUCAACUUGCACAGUAGUUUUGCACCUGUCGUAAAAGAGGAACGCAAAAUAAAAAUGAUGAUGAUAGCAUUUAUGGGAUAUAUUCUAUAAAUAUAAAUAUAUUUAGAGAGAGUUUAUCUUUGUUUGUCGGCAUGUUGCCUUGUUCCUGCUUCAAUGGCUCAAAAUACUUUUGACUUAUUUAUGUCUUAAAGAGAAUGUAAUUUGUUUACAACCUCGUAGAGAUAAACUUCCUGGUUUCUAGAAGGAGAGAGGCAAGGCUGAAGGUCAGAAGGACCAGAGCUGUUUCGGUGUGUUAUUACUGAAAAACCAUGUGCUGGAAUUUGCCUGCUAUCUUUUCAAAUAUUGUAGAUAUUUUUAGAGGAUUGACAAACAAAAAGAAACCAAAAUAUAAUGGGAUACGUAGUAAAUGUGGAAUCUUAGUAUUACUCUAUAUGAUUGUUGGGAUUAAGUUGGAGGGGCUUGCCUUUUCUAAACGGAGGCCUCCUUUUUGUGACAGAGGGGGAAUAUUUAAAUCUUUUUUCACUACUUCUUCUUCUCUUUUUUGUUUUUAUUGUGCUUGUUUUUUUCUGUGCUUCAGCACUGGCCUGGGGUCAGGGCUCGAGUCAAAAGCUGAUAUCAGGACCUUUACAGUGAACUGUCUUCUAGAUAAACCUGCUUGUUUAAAGGACUUGAUGUUUUAAAAAUAUAUGUGACCAUCAGAAAGGCUGCAAUCGAGUCAUUUUAGAAAUCUGCAAAGUUAUAUUUGGCUUAUCUGUGCCGCACAGAAAUCACUUCUUUUGUUUAAAAUUUGAAAUAUAAUGUGUUAUUUUUUUAUUUUAUUUUUAUUUUUGAUUUAUGUUUAGGGGUCUAAAUGAUUUCCUUUUCACUCGCAGCCCCACACAAUUGUUGGCAUUUUUAACAUCCAUAAAAAAAAAGGAAAAACUGAUAAAAACACCCUCCCCCAACAAAUUACAACAAAAAUGGAAUGUUGCUUUGACUCUUUUUCUAUAUAUAAAAAAGAUGAUCCUUUUCUGCACUAUCUGGUUAUGAAUGAAAACUUCUGUGGUGUAAUUCUAGAUGUGCUUUUGUGUGUUUUAAACAAGCUUGUCUUCCUGCCGUCACAGAAUAUACAGUACUCUAGCAUCUCAACUGUACUCACUAGUUGUAAACUAUUUAUUGUGCUUUUACAAAUCAGACAUUACCAGAGAGACGUUACAUGCAGAAGGCACAUUUACCCUGUCUUAUUGCACUCAGAAGGACAAGGCCACUUAACUAGCCUGUACUAUUGUUAUUUCUAUUACUAACUGAAGUAAUUGGCAAGCAUGACGCGAUAGACUCAUUAUGCAACUUGAAAAAAAAUUGACAAUUUUUCUACUUUUAAAGAAAUCCUAUACACUACUACAGUAUAUCCGAUCAUUUAUCCGAGCAGUUCUAUCUUUUUUAUAUCCUCCUCCUCUGUCAUUUCCCAGUCGAUCCGUCCAUCUGGAGAGGGUGCACAAGCUUUACCGGUCAGGCGUGUUGAAAAAAUAACAUGGACCAUUUGAAUAAAAUCUGUCUUAUUUAAGUUGGGAAAAAAGUCUGGAUUCUGAUAUUCUGCUUAAAAGCUGUUGAUUUACUUUGUUUUCUUUCCAACAUUUUUAACUUCACAAUUUAUUUGUAUGUCUGUAAAAAAAAACAAUAAACAAAACAUAACAACAGCAACUACAGCAUUUUCAAUAAAAAAAGAGACUUAAGCCAAUAUUCUCAAACCACUUUUACAUCCAGGAGGACAUUCAGCUUUAAGAGGACGCAAAGACGACAAGUUUAAAAAUAAUCUUUGUAAAUACAGCAAUGAGUCCACUGAGGACAGAAACUCCAUGUGGACUGGUGUGAAAAACAGGAACUCUUCCUGCCUACAUCUACCAUCAUGCACCACAACGAGUCAUACUGCCGACGCAGCUGUUUGGCCGUAUGUAAUCAAUCACUGCUCCUGUCAGAAACACUUCAAAACAUAGUGAUUACAUCCAAAUGAUAACGUGUUGUAACAACCAAUAAUUAUGUUGACGAUGACACCGACGAUGAUGAUGAUGAUGAUAAUGAUAAUGAUGAUAUCGAUACUUUUUGCAAUAUACUCUCACCUGCCUCGAUGUACUGUAUUUAGCAGCAUGCAGUUUGUGGAACAAAGAAAAAGAGAAAUGCCAACAGAUAUCUUUUUGGCAUACUUAGCCAUUUAUGGGUAAGUGAUUUACGUGUUCAUCUUGUUUUUAUGAUAUUUUUUUUAUCUAUACAAUAAUUGUAAAUAAAGAACUCAAUGUCUUUGUUCAUUUAAUACUAUGCAAAAAGUCAUGCUUUUCUGAUUGUUACCCACCUUUAAUCCUAGAGUGUGUUACUGGAAUGUUUGUGGUCUCAAAAGUCAGUAAAAACAAUGUGAUGUAAAUUAUUUUCUAGCUUGAGGAAAAAGUUAAAUGAUGAUGAAAAUUAUUAUUAUGAUAAUAUGAGGAAGAUGAUCAUAAUGGUGGUGACAGUGACGAUGAUGAUGAUGAUGAUGAUGAUAAUGAUGAUGAACUGUGACUCUUGUUGCUUGACUGUCCCAUUUACAACACUCCUGACAGGAGCGCAAGUGAAAAACAGAAUAAAAACGAAAAAUCACUAAAUAAAUCUCCCAGAGCAGCAUGACCCAGCAUGGUGUGUCCUGGCCCCGUG